CAAAGUGUCACCUCUCGAGUUCAAUCAACUGACUGUCAAGUGUCAAUGACAACCAAGUCAAUUCAAUAGGGCCGGGCAGAAUACUGUAGUAAUUUUUAUAAAAAUUACGAAAUUUUAUAAAUUAAAAGAUGGAUUGGCAAGCAGCAAGAAGUCAUUUUAAACAAACUUGGCUGACUACGCUUCUUAGUUUAAUUUUAUUUGCUGGGGUUACGUACUUUCUAUUGUGGACAGAGUGUCAAACAAUCCAGAUUAACUUGAUGCUUGAGGAACUGGUGUCAGCAGCUGAGACUAUUGAUGUUCAUACCGGCGACGAAGCAGCGCGCUAUGAAGGAAAGGUCGUGCAUAUAGUGGGACCUUUGAGAAUACUCGAACCUAUAUCAGAACCCGACUAUAACAUACAAGUACAAGCUGUUAAACUACGGAAACGGGUGCAGAUGUAUCAAUGGAUUGAAGAAUCUACGGAUCAAGAUAAUUUUAUCAGUGAACCUGCUGAUGAGUCACGUAAAACGUACUGGUACCACAAAGACUGGCGAGACUAUGUGGUGGAUUCCUCACUGUUCUACAUCAGACCGGGACAUAUAAAUCCCGCCAUUAUGCCCAUGAGCAGUGAAACACAUAUUGCUGAUAAUGUUAAAAUUGGAUGGGCAUAUUUAGGUAUUGAUGUCAAACGGAAAGUCACAGAUUAUUACGAGAUUUGGUCAGACUCUAGACCUGAGCGCAGUGAUAUCAAGCUUCACUCUGGUUUCUAUUACCACGGAGAAAGUGCUUUGGAACACCAGAUUGGAGAUCUCCGUAUUCACUUCUCUUAUGCUGGCAGGGAGGAUGAUAUUUACACAGCAGUAGGUCAAGUUGAAGGUGGUACUCUACAGGCUUACAGUCCAACAAGGUUUCCUACAGCGGACCCAAUUUGUCUGCUCCGCAAAGGUUCUUACACUUUGAACCACCUCUUUGAACUAGAGAAAAGAGAUGCAAAUAUACACACCUGGCAAUACAGACUGUUUGGAUUUGUUCAAGUCUUGGCUUCAGCAAUGACAUUACAUCCUGAUUGGGUGACAAUAUUCUUACAAAGUACGUGGGUGUCAAGUAACUUUAGGAGGUGCUCAAGAUUUUGGAUAAACUUCGUACUGUCGUGCUCCUACACUUUAUUCAUCAUUGCUUUGCCAUGGUUGAUCCACAAGCCGGCAUUCGGAGCCAUAGUGCUAGGAUGUUCGAUGUUGCCACUGCUGCACUACUCGACUCUGAUGACGCGACGCGACGCCACCCAGGACGCCGCGCAGUACACCAGGUGGAUCAACACCGCUAACUGAACGACCAAUGCCAUGAACAUGGAAUUUACAAAGUGAGAGAGUAUACCUAACUCAGUUCGUUGACCCGAGAGUCACACGGCUCAAUAUUUAUAUUUUUAUAAGUAGCGUUAAGUCCUCAAUGAAAUGUGUCCCGGCCCGCUUUCUAGCUUAAUACACUGAGAGAUCCUGAAAUCGAAUAAUUAUACGUCAAUAAGUGCAAUAUAUUUUAUUUCGUAGCUAAUAUUUAAAUAUUCGAAAUGGUCAUAGAUUAAUUUUCCCGUCGUUUAGUCGGCAACUACACGCAUAUAAUAUGCGUUUUAGGUACCUUGCGUAUAGACGCAAAGUACCUAAGUCCAUGUAGAUGAUAGCUUCCACAUGGACUAUGCAAGGUUUCAAUUAAAAUAUUUUUAGUAGAAUAUUAAAUUAGUGCCAAAUUGUGAAUGGCGCGUAUUACUUUUAUUUUGCUGAUGACUAAAUUGCUGCCGAAAGGAAAGAAAUAAAUAAAUUAACAACCAAAUUACUUAGUGAUAUGAAAAAAUACUGGCAGAUUUAAAAAAAAAGAUGAUUUUUAAAAGAGGUUUUACAAAAUAGUACAAAUAUGAUGAGCUGCUUGUUCAUUCUGCCAGAAAAAUAACAUGACAUGACAACCUUUUAUCACAUGGAAGUGAUGUUAAAGUAUAUUUUUUGGUCACACUGAGGGUUCAUAUCUCGCAUUGUCUAGUCUGAAUAAUAAUUAUAACCUAUCAUUAAUUAGUUGUAGGUAGACUGACUGUACUUAAAUUAUAUUGUAAUUGUAACAAACAAAAUGAAGAAACUUCUGUUAUGUUAAUUAAUUUUAUUAUUAUUAUAAAAUUCUACACUCUUCCGACUAAUGUACGCCUUCAUAAUGCGAUAUUGCUCCUCUAGCAAACACCACGAAAGCGUAGUUUAGGAAUAAAAAUCUCUAAAAUAUUUCGUGCAAAUGUCAAGAAUAAAUUAAAAAUCUCAAAAAUAUUUAAUCUGUAAGCGGUCCUUGAAAUGUUGAUGAAUUAAUUAAUUUAAAAUCGCCAAUACUAAACUAUUUACAAUAAAUACUUUUAGCUUUAUCAAUUUUUCACAAAUUAUAUCUAAUGUAAUAAUAAUACUUUUUAUGUUGUAGGUGUAGGGAACCCAUUAAAAGUGUCACCAGCCAGAAAAGGUUACCUGUCGGUAAAUACUUUUUUGUAUCUUUUUUUACAUUUUUUUGAUAUAUUUUUUUUAGUACAGAUUAAAUUAUGUAUGUAGUUUUUUUUACACAGUUAUUUGAAAUAAAACUAUCGUUAUUGUUUACAGCCCUCUAUGUCUCUUUUGUCAUUAAAUGGUAUCUAUUUAAAAACUAUUAAGGUUUAUUUAUUCGAACUGUGAUUUUUUUACAUUAAUCCUUAGCACAAAUUUAGACGGUUGUAUUUCGUAUUGUUUAAUAAACUAUAGUUUUUAUGUAAUAAUUUUAUUAAUUUAUUACAGUAUCAUAAAUUAGCACACUUAUUAAAAUACAUACUGUAGAUCAUUUUAUUCGUAACAUGGCUACACAUCAAGCUAUGGGGAACCAGUAUAAACUGACUGUUGGAUGUGUGAAAAGAUCAUCCAAAGUGAGGCCAGAAAUAUUGGUUUUGUAUAAUUUGAUGUGUACGAUCGUACUCCACCAUAUCCCGUACAAGGUACACAAGUGAACCAAUUACUGAUUAAGUGUAGUUUAAAGUUUUUACAUUGUGAAUAGAUAUAUAAAAUUUAAAUUAUUAAAAACAGUAGUUGCAAUAGUAUUCAUAAUUCACUCAAUAAGCGUUUUUAUUAUAGUAUCUACCUAAAUCGUAACUUAAACGUAAUAUUACAAAAUGUAGAAUCAAUCCCUUGGUUGUGAGUACCGCUUGUGACUGCUGUUGUACCUAUAAAAUAAUACUAUUUUCGAAAUAAACUCCUAACAAAUACAUAAACUGUAUCUUUUAUUAAACCCCUGAUAGUACAGUGUUCUCACUUUUUUACUUAACGAUUAGAAAAGGAAAGUCUUCUCAGCGUAAAUAUAUAUAUUACACGUUUAAUUCCUAAGGC